AUGUCGUGGGAACCGCAACCGGAUGGUCUGAGCCAGAUCAUCACACUGCUGAAGCAGUCACAAUCCAAGGAUAAUAUGGUACAACGUGCCGUGCAGCUGAAAUUGGAAGAACUCAACCAGUAUCCGGAUUUCAAUAACUAUCUGAUUUACGUGCUGACGAAGCUGACUUCCGAAAAUGAACCGACACGAUCACUGUCGGGGCUGAUUCUGAAAAACAACAUUCGCAUCCACGGUGCACAGCUACAACCGGAAAUCCUGGAGUACAUUAAGCAGGAAUGUCUGAUGGCACUCAGCGAUCCGUCACCGUUGAUACGGGCAACGGCUGGAAUUCUCAUUACGACCAUCGCCAAUACGGGCGGACUACAGAACUGGCCGGCACUGUUGCCGACGCUAUGCGAUAUGCUCGAUUCGCAGGAUUACAUCGUGUGCGAGGGUGCGUUUGGUGCGUUGCAGAAAAUUUGUGAAGAUUCGGCCGACACGCUCGACAGCAGUGCGCUGAACCGCCCGUUGAACGUCAUGAUUCCAAAGUUCCUGCAGUUUUUCCGCCAUUCGAGCCCGAGCAUUCGGUCGUACGCGAUCGCUUGCAUCAACCAGUUCAUCGUCAAUCGCACCCAGGCACUGAUGGUACACAUCGACACGUUCAUCGAGAAUUUGUUCCACAUUUCGUCGGACGAUGAUCGCGAGGUGCGGAAGAACGUGUGCCGGGGAUUGGUAAUGUUGCUGGAAGUGCGUAUCGAUCGGCUGAUGCCGCAUAUGAACAGUAUUAUCGAGUACAUGCUGGUGCAGACGCAGGAUUCGGACGAAACGUCGCUGAAUGCUUGCGAGUUCUGGCUAUCGCUUGCCGAACAGAACAUCUGCAAGGAAGUGCUGACGCCUCAUCUGCCCCGCUUGGUACCGGUGCUGGUGCGUGGCAUGAAGUACAGCGAUAUCGAUAUCAUGGUACUAAAGGGUGAUGUGGAAGAGGAUGAAAUGAUUCCGGACCGUGAGGAAGACAUCAAGCCACGUUUCCACAAGUCUCGAACGAUCACACAGAAACCUUCGAUCGGUGCCGGUACUAGCGGCAACGAUGAUGACGAUGACAUCGAUGACCCGUACGUUGAUAUGAACGACGACAGUAACCCGUCCGAUUGGAAUUUACGGAAGUGUAGUGCGGCCACCCUGGAUGUGCUAGCAAACGUCUAUAAAGACGAAUUCCUGCCGAUCCUGUUGCCCAUACUGAAGGAGACGCUCUUUCACGAGGAGUGGUUGGUGAAGGAAAGCGGCAUUCUAGCGCUGGGUGCGAUCGCGGAAGGCUGCAUGACCGGUAUGGUGCCACAUUUGCCCGAGCUGAUUCCGUAUCUGAUCGUGUGCUUGUCUGACAAGAAAGCACUCGUACGAUCCAUCACCUGCUGGACGCUGUCACGCUAUGCCCAUUGGGUCGUCAGCCAGCCGCACGAUCAGUAUCUGAAGCCACUGAUGAAGGAGCUGUUGAAACGCAUCCUGGAUGCGAACAAGCGCGUGCAGGAAGCGGCCUGUUCGGCUUUUGCCACCCUCGAGGAGGAAGCAUGCACAGAGCUGGUACCGUACUUGGGCUUUAUACUGGAUACGCUUGUGUUUGCCUUCCGGAAGUAUCAGCACAAGAAUCUGCUCAUUCUGUACGAUGCAAUCGGUACGCUGGCGGAUUCGGUCGGACAUCAUCUGAACAAACCGGAAUACAUAAGCAUGCUAAUGCCACCGUUGAUCGAAAAAUGGAACAAUCUCAAGGACGAAGACAAAGAUUUAUUUCCGCUGCUGGAGUGUUUGUCCAGCGUUGCCACGGCACUGCACUCGGGCUUUCUGCCCUACUCCGAGCCGGUCUACCGUCGAUGCAUAUCAUUGAUACAGCAAACGUUGAUCCAAGAUGUGGCGAGCACCACGAACCCGACACAGUUCGAGCAGCCGGACAAAGAUUUUAUGAUCGUUGCGCUGGAUUUGCUUUCGGGACUGGCGGAGGGAUUGGAUUGUUACAUCGAGUCGCUGGUUUCGAGCAGCAACAUAAUGCAGCUGCUGUACCAGUGCAUGCAAGAUUCGAUGCCUGAGGUGCGCCAAUCAUCCUUCGCCCUACUAGGCGAUUUGACGAAAGCAUGCUUCCAGCACGUGCACCCACACAUUGCCGAUUUUUUGCCCAUUCUGGGCCACAAUCUAAACCCGGAGUACAUUUCCGUCUGUAACAAUGCGACUUGGGCUAUUGGAGAGAUCAGUAUUAAACUGAUGGAAGAUACUAAGCCGUACAUUCCGAUGGUGUUGGGACCGCUAAUUGAAAUAAUCAACAAUACCAACACACCUAAGACUUUGUUGGAAAAUACCGCGAUAACAAUUGGGCGUCUAGGUCUCGUGUGCCCCGUAGAAGUGGCCCCUUCAUUGCAACAGUUUGUGCGACAGUGGUGCUCGUCGCUGCGCAACAUCCGCGAUAACGAGGAAAAAGAUUCCGCCUUCCGUGGGAUGUGUCAAAUGAUCACGGUCAAUCCGGUUGGUGUGGUGCCCGAUUUUAUCUUCUUCUGCGAUGCAGCUGCAUCAUGGAUGACACCGCAGAAGGAUCUGCAUGAGAUGCUGCAAAAGAUUCUGCAGGGUUUCAAGAUGCAAGUGGGUGAAGAAAAUUGGAGCCGUUUCGUCGAACAGUUUCCACCCCAGCUGAGCGAACGUUUGGCCGUAAUGUACAGCAUCUAA